GCCUGUUCCCUGUUGGACAGGACGACUUCAAGCGUGUAUGUUGCAUGGAGUAACAUCGGCCCCGUUCAAGCUGUACACUGCCACCUGCCGUUCACUUGCAAUGCUCUGAAGCUCCAACAUCUGGCUGUCGCUCACUUUUUAGGCCACGCGUUCAACGAAAAUCGGGGGACGUGUCCCCACAUCACGCGUCAUUGACGGCCAGCCAAGGCGCGCAGCAGAAGCAAGCACGUACGGCAGCUGCAGGUCAUCCAGGAUGCACCUCCUGUCGCUCAGCCUUUCGGCUGCCUCUGCAGUCAACGGGGCUGUAGUAGGGCAAUUUUCUGGGACACGCACGCAAGAGAUCGUGCUGGCGAAGACAACCCGGCUGCAUUUGCUGCGGCCCGACACACAGAAUGGAAAGUUCCAGACCGUCUGCGAGCAAGAGAUCUUUGGCACAAUCAGAAGUGUCGCUGCGUUCCGACUUAUCGGCGGAUCCAAAGACUAUCUCAUCGUUGGCUCGGAUUCUGGCAGGAUCGUCAUUCUGGAGCUGGACCUCAAGACCAUGCUCUUCAAGCAAGUACAUUGUGAAACAUUUGGAAGAUCCGGUUCGCGGCGUAUCGUCCCCGGACAGUAUCUUGCUGUGGAUCCAAAGGGAAGAGCGGUGCUGGUCGGCUCCGUGGAAAAGUCCAAAUUGGUCUACAUUCUGAAUCGUGAUGCAGAGGCGAACUUGACCAUCUCUAGUCCGCUCGAAGCACAUAGAAGUCAAGCUAUCAUCCAUUCCAUUGUCGGGGUGGAUGUCGGCUAUGAGAAUCCACUUUUUGCGGCCAUCGAAGUUGACUAUGAAGACGCAGAUAGAGAUCCAUCAGGAGAGGCUUUUGAAAACGCGGAAAAGCUUCUCACCUAUUACGAACUCGACCUUGGCCUCAACCACGUCGUACGGAGGUGGUCGACGCCCGUAGACCCCCGAGCAAACACCCUGCUCCAGGUGCCAGGUGGCUACAACCAAAAUUCUGAGCGGUGGGAGGGACCAAGCGGUGUGCUCGUCUGCAGCGAGGACUACAUUACAUACAAACAUCAGGGCAGCGAAGACCACAGGGUGCCAAUACCACGGCGGCAUAACCCCUUGGAGGACGAGAGCAAGCGGAGGGGCUCUAUCGUGGUCGCUAGCGUUUGCCACAGGAUGAAGAAUGCCUUCUUCUUUCUUCUUCAAAAUGAGGAUGGUGACUUAUUCAAGGUGACAAUCGACCAUCAGGACGAGACUAUCACCUCGCUUCGGAUUAAGUACUUCGACACAGUCCCCGUUGCAACAUCACUUUGCAUCCUGCGCGCCGGUUUCCUGCUCAUCGCAUCUGAGGCAGGUCCUUCCCACCUAUAUUCAUUUCAAAAGCUUGGCGAUGACGAUGACAUUCCCGAGUACGCAUCGACAGACUACCCGGCCAACGGCAUGACCGAGGUGCCGGCCGCGCCACCGACAUUCGUCCCGCGGACGCUGGACAAUCUCUACCCGACGGACGAGCUGCCUGCGCUGGAUCCCAUCGUCGAUGCCGUGGUUGCCAAUCCGCUCCAGGAAGACACACCUCAAUUCUUCCUUGCGUGCGGCAAGGGCGCGAGAAGCAGCUUCAAGAUGCUUCGAAACGGGCUGGACGUCAAUGAGGCUGUCAGCUCCGACCUUCCAGGCAUCCCGAGCAAUGUAUGGUCGACGCGGCUCAAGAAGGAUGACGAAUUCGACUCGUAUAUUGUCUUGAGCUUCGUGAAUGGAACGCUGGUCCUCAGCAUCGGAGAGCAGAUCGAAGAGGUGUCCGACAGUGGGUUCCUGACAUCCGAGCCGACUUUUGCCGUGCAGCAGCUCGGCGCGAAUGCACUCCUUCAGGUGCAUCCGCGAGGCAUCCGGCAUAUCAUGUCGGACAAGACCGUCACCGAAUGGGCCACGCCCGAGGCACCGGAUGGGUCGUUGACGAUGAUCGUGGCAACGACGACGAACGAGCGCCAGGUCGUCGUCGCGCUCGACUCGAACGAGCUCGUCUACUUUGAGCUCGACAUGGAUGGGCAGCUCAAUGAGUACCAGGAGCGGAAGAACGUUGGCUCGCGUGUGCUCACCAUGAGCAUGGCAAGCGUUCCGGAGGGACGGCAGCGCACGCCAUACCUUGCAGUAGGCUGCGAAGACCAGACUGUGCGCAUGAUCUCGCUAGAUCCAGAGUGCACAUUGGAAGGUAUUUCAAUACAGGCGCUCACCGCUUCGCCUUCCAGCAUCUGCAUCGCAGAGAUGCUCGACGUCACAAUCAACCGCAGUCAUCCGACCCUCUUUGUGAACAUUGGGCUGCAGAACGGACUUCUCCUUCGGACUGUUUUGGACUCGAUUAGCGGUCAACUGACGGACACGCGGACUCGAUUCCUGGGCUCGAGGCCCGUCAAGCUCGUUCGCGUCAGAGUCCUCGGCCAGCCUGCUGUGCUAGCGCUGUCGAGUCGCUCGUGGCUCAGCUACACAUACCAGGAUAGGAUGCAAUUCACACCCCUUAUCUUUGACGCCCUGGAUCACGCCUGGUCGUUCAAUGCCGAGCUCUGUCCGGAAGGCCUGAUCGGCAUCGCAGGGGGGACACUGCGCAUUUUUACGAUCCCGCAACUGGGCACGCGCUUAAAACAGCAAGUGGUCCCGCUUCCGUUCACGCCACGCCGCAUGGUCUGCCAUCCGGCCAACAACGGACUCUUCUACGUCGUCUCAGCAGACCAUCGCGUACUCUCACGAUGGGCGAUCGAACAGCGAGAAGCAGCGCGAGGCAACCCGUUGAAGGCAAAGGACCGCGGCGUGCUCGAUCUGCCAGCACGCGAAUUUGGCUCUGUACGGGCGGAGGCGGGUCAGUGGGGGUCCAGCAUAUCCGUAGUGGAUGCGGUCAACUCGCAGUUGGCCUUCCAGCUUGAGCUCGAGGGUAACGAGUCUGCCACAAGCGUCGCGGUCGUCGCCUUUGCCUCGGCGCCAAGCGAGCACUAUUUGGUUGUCGGUUUAGCCGUUGACGCAUAUGUCGUGCCGCGUGCAAGCAGAACCGCGUACCUGGCGACGUACAAGAUCGGGAGCGAUGGGAAAUCGCUGCAGCUGGUGCACAAGACGGAGGUCGAAGAAAUUCCGACGGUGCUCAAACCAUUCCAUGGUAGGCUGCUCGCAGGCCUAGGCAAGGUGCUCCGCAUCUAUGACCUUGGCAAGAAGAAGCUAUUGCGUAAAUGCGAAAACAAGCACUUCCCUGCCGGAAUCGUCUCUAUGGAGACGCAAGGUCUGCGUAUCGUGGUGGGAGACGUGCAAGAGUCGAUCCUGUACGCGACGUACAAACCUGCCGAGAACAGGCUCUUGAUCUUCGCGGACGACACGACAUCGCGAUGGACAACAGCAGUGAGAAUGCUUGACUAUGAGACCGUCGCGGGCGGCGACAAGUUCGGCAAUGUGUGGAUCUCGCGCAUGGACACAUCUGUGUCGAAGAGUGUGGACGAGGAUCCGACGGGGAUGACGAUCAUGCAUGAAAAGUCGUACCUGCAGGGCGCACCACAUCGGACGGAGCUCGUGGCACACUACCAUCUCGGGGACAUAGUCACCAGCCUCAGCAAGGCGAGCCUCGUGCCUGGCGCGAAAGACGUGUUGAUCUACACGUGUCUGGGCGGUACGAUUGGCGUGAUGGUCCCGUUCAUCAGCAAGGAGGACGUUGACACGGUCACAACACUUGAGAUGCACAUGCGGCAAGAGAAUCUCAGCUUGGUCGGACGCGAUCAUGUUGCGUUCCGCGGCUACUAUGCUCCUGUCAAGGGGAUCGUGGACGGAGAUUUGUGUGAGACAUUCGGACUGCUCCCACCCGCCAGACAGGCAGCGAUCGCGGAGGAGCUUGACCGUACGCCCGCAGAGAUCAACAAAAAGCUCGACUCGUUGCGAACCACAUCAGCGUUCUAAGAGGAGCAACGUCCUGUUGAGAGGCCCUGUUGCUUGUACUCUUAGCUGUAGCGUGCCAACCUAUGCGCCGUCUGGAUUUAUCUUCACCAUGCCCUUC